GGAACUGAAAUAGCAGCUCAAAGUUUCUUGCUCUGAAGUGGCAGCAGCUAGAAAGGAGUCGAGUGUCUUCGUGAGGAGCUGAGAGAGCAAACGCAGUUGAAGAUGUGGAAGUCUGUAGUAGGACAUGAUGUAUCUGUUUCUGUGGAGACCCAGGGUGAUGACUGGGACACAGACCCUGACUUUGUGAAUGACAUCUCCGAGAAGGAACAACGUUGGGGAGCCAAGACCAUCGAGGGCUCUGGACGCGCAGAGCAUAUCAACAUCCACCUGCUGAGGAACAAAGUAUCAGAGGAGCAUGAUAUUCUCAAGAAGAAAGAGAUGGAGUCAGGGCCCAAAGCAUCUCAUGGCUAUGGAGGUCGGUUUGGAGUGGAAAAAGAUCGAAUGGACAAGAGUGCCGUGGGCCAUGAGUAUGUUGCUGAGGUGGAGAAGCACUCUUCUCAGACUGAUGCUGCCAGAGGCUUUGGGGGUAAAUAUGGAGUUGAGAAGGACAGGGCAGACAAGUCAGCAGUUGGUUUUGAUUACAAAGGAGAAGUGGAGAAACACACAUCUCAGAAAGAUUACUCUCGUGGCUUUGGUGGCCGUUAUGGGAUAGAGGAGGAUAAACGGGACAAGGCAGCUCUCGGAUAUGACUACAAGGGAGAGACAGAGAAACAUGAAUCCCAGAGAGAUUAUGCCAAGGGCUUUGGCGGGCAGUAUGGCAUCCAGAAGGACCGAGUGGAUAAGAGUGCUGUUGGCUUCAAUGAAAUGGAGGCCCCAACCACAGCUUACAAGAAGACGACACCCAUAGAGGCUGCUUCUAGUGGUGCCCGUGGGCUGAAGGCAAAAUUUGAGUCCAUGGCAGAGGAAAAGAGGAAGCGGGAGGAAGAGGAGAAGGCACAACAGAUGGCCAGGCAGCAACAGGAGAGAAAGGCCUUGGUAAAGAUGAGCCAUGAGGCUCAGCAACCAGUGGCCACUAGGGAAGAGCCGGCGGCGCCAGCCCCAUUGCCUAAGAAAAUCUCCUCAGAGGCCUGGCCUCCAGCAGGGAGUUGUCCACCAUCAGAGCCUGAGCCUGUGAGAACCAAGAGGGAACAACCAGUACCUGCCCUGCCCUCAAGGCAGGAUCCCCCAGAGGACAAUGAGGAGGCCCCAGCUCUGCCCCCCAGGACUCCAGAAGUCUUCCAGCUGCAGGAAGAGCCAGUGUAUGAAGCAGUGCCUGAGCCUGAGCCCGAGCCCGAACCCGAGCCUGAGAAUGACUACGAGGAUGUUGUGGAGAUAGACAGACAUGAGCAGGAUGAGGAAGGAGAGGCGGACUAUGAGGAUGUUCUUGAGCCUGAAGAUCCCUCUUUUUCUUCCACUCAGGCUGGAUCAUCAGGCCACCCAGCCAGGGCUGGAGCUGGGAUCUCAGCUGUAGCCCUGUAUGAUUACCAAGGAGAGGGAAGUGAUGAGAUUUCCUUUGACCCAGAUGAUGUCAUCACUGACAUUGAGAUGGUGGACGAGGGCUGGUGGCGGGGACGUUGCCACGGCCACUUUGGACUCUUCCCUGCAAAUUAUGUCAAGCUCCUCCAGUAACUGUUCCUGUCUUCUUGCUGCACUGUGACUUCGCAUGUCCCCAGUGGCUCUGCCUCCAGCUGCUCUCCAUUUCUGCUGCAAGUGUCUGACAGGAUGUCAUGAGUUGCUUGAAGUUCUAGACAGACUUCCCUCUCCCUCUCCAUCAGGGUUUGGAGCAGAGGAGGCAUGAAGAAGGGGGUCUCCUUCCCCUCAGUGUCUUCUCUAUCCUGCAUACCCAGGAUGAUCUCAAGGAUGCUUAUCUUGUGGUCCUGCCUCCUUCCCCAUGAGUGCCCCCUCUAACCCAUACCCCUAACUCUGCUUUCCUUUGUGAGUGCUGAGCUUCCUGGUCUGUUUGCAUGGCAAGGUAUGUCUGUAUUUCCUAGUUUUCCUAGAUGUGUUGUUUUCUCUCUUUCCUUUUCUGCAGAGAUAUC